GGCAAAAAUCUCUUAACAACACUGUUUCAGUAUAGUAGACAGUAGUUCCUUCGUCUCGAAAUUUAAUCGUUCAUAAUAAAUUCCAUUACGCCAUGGCUCUAUGCGAUCUCAUGAUUUAAGAACUUUAUGAACCAUUUUCAUAAUUUUUAAUAAUGGAUAGUCGAUUCAAGAACGAUAUCGUAACAACUUUCAAACUUAAUGGCCUUACAGUGAGAUCGGAGGCUACAAAAUACAUUCUUGGUUUACUUACACCCCUGCACAAAGAUGAACGGAGCCAAUGGCUUGAAAAGCUUGUUGAUGUAAUACAAAAACAAGGCCUGUUAGACAGCACAACUGUUGAAAAAUCACAUAUUGAAAAAGCUGCUAAGGAAUGUUGUCAAAAUGAGUUGGAUGAAGCCACUAGUUUGUUGAAUGUGAUAUCUGCUUUUGAUAUUCCAAAAUUUGUCUAUAAUACUGAAAGAAAAAAGUAUCUUCCAUACGAGUCUUCUGCCGGUUUUCUAAAUUUGUUUGGCGAUCCGAAAGAUAAAGCUGAAAUGUUUCGUCAUCGAUAUGCUCUUCUUCAUCAAAGGACCUCCCGCCAUAGCCUUUUCACUCCGUCUGUUUUAGGAUCAAGUUCAGCUUCAUCGCAGAACAAGUAUCAACUACAACCUAUUGAAUAUUUACUGGGGAUGUCAACAAAGCUAACCAACCUUGUGGUUCUUGGGAUGCUAACUUAUUUAACAGAGGGCAAAUUGCAUCUAGAGGAUACAACUGGAUCUGUGCCUGUGUCACUGAAAGACACUAACUUCCAUGGUGGGCUGUUUACUGAAAAUUGCUUUGUUCUUGGGCAAGGCUAUUACCAAGAUGGAGUGUUUCACAUUGAACAUUUAGGCAUGCCACCACCUGAACCAGCAAAAGUUACAAGAACCUAUUUUGGGAACGCAAAUUUUUUCGGUGGUCCUAGUACGUCGUGCUUGAAACUUUCUUCUAAACUGAAAGCGCAAGAAGAUCAAAAUCCGGAGGCGAUGAUGGUUUUUCUUUCCGAUGUUUGGUUAGACCAAACAAAAGUGAUGGAAAAAUUGCGCAUUCUUUUUGCGGGCUAUUGCGAAGAUCCUCCAAUAUGCUUCGUGUUAAUGGGGAAUUUCCUCUCUAGUUCUACAUGCAGCACUUCAUCGGGACACUUGCGCCAGUUAUUCAAAUCGCUUGCCGAAAUGAUAAAAGAAUUCCCCAAUCUUGUUGAACAAGCCCAAUUUGUGUUUGUUCCUGGUCCAUCCGAUUCCGGCUUUUGCAACAUUCUUCCAAGGCCUCCGCUUGCAAAAGUUAUUCGGGAAGAGUUUUUGCAAAGAGUUCCUAAUGCUGUGUUUACUACGAAUCCCUGUCGUAUUCAGUAUGGAACGAAGGAAAUUGUCGUUUUGCGUGAAGAUAUUAUAACAAAAAUGUGCCGCAAUGCAAUCCAUUUCCCUACUACUGAUGAUAUCCCUCAACAGUUUGCAAAAUCGCUGACAUCGCAAGGCCACUUGUGCCCUCUUCCUAGCGAAAUUUGCCCUAUCUAUUGGCCGUACGAUCAUGCGCUGUAUUUGUAUCCUUUGCCUGAUGCCGUAGUCAUUGGCGACCGCUUUGGUGGAUUUGCAGCACAAAAUAUGGACUGCGUCAUUUUUAACCCAGGACCAUUUUCUCGAAACAACUUCAAUUUCAAAGUAUUUGUACCUUUGAGCUCUCAAGUGGAAGAUAGUGAAAUUGGUGAUAGUUAGUGAUUGCAAAUACAUUUCGUUCAAGUAA